AUGCCUACCGAAGCUUAUAGGUACACGGCUCUCAGUGACGAGAAACUGGAGUUCCGUCUUCUUCAUCUCUUACCUGCGCAGAAUCCAACUGAACCCUUGGCAUGCCGAUUAGAGAUUGACAGCGGCCAUAACCGUCCUUCUUUCGAGACGCUGUCGUACACCUGGGGAGGAGAAGCCCCUCGCGAACCGUUGAUAGUCGACGAAACGCAUGUCCUCAACAUCACCCCGAACUUGGCAGCAUUUCUACGACAACGUCGCGAGUCAGAUACAGAAGUAGUCUUAUGGGUUGAUGCAGUUUGCAUCAAUCAGAAUGACAUCGCGGAAAAGAACCAACAAGUCCCUGCCAUGACCGCCUUUUAUCUCGCCUCCCGCAAACUCACGAUCUGGCUUGGGCUUGCAGCCGACGACAGCGACAGAGCCGUGGAGGAGCUUCAAAAUCUGUCGAGAUCAACCGUCUAUGAACGAAUGCCCGCGAUCUCACCAGAGACAUGCGCCGCGAUAGGGAGGCUUCUGAGCAGACCAUGGUGGACUCGGGUCUGGAUAGUACAGGAGCUUUGCUGGGGUGCCUUUGCGGGCAAGUUGCUGAGUGCCACCCUGCGCUGCGGCAGUAGCUCCAUCAGCUGGGAGGGCCUCGUUCUAGCAUGCGGGCGGAUUAGGGUACACGAGCUCAGCCUUCGUCAGACGAUUCCAGGCGUCGGCAAUGUGCUUCACCUUGAGUCCAAACGCUGGAGCAGCGAACGGAUGUACGUCGAGGGUUUCGAUGAAGGCGACUUUCUGCAUUUGGUUUCUCAGUAUCGGCAUUUUGACGCAACAGACCCAAGAGACAAGAUUUAUGCUUUGCGGGGGAUGUUGAAGAGCAGAACCGGGCUUGGCACGAAGCUGUUACCCGUGGAAUAUGGAAUUAGCAUGGAUGAACUGUUCCUCAGAUUCGCGGUCAUAUCGGCUGUCAGAAAACCUGGACUGGGGAUGCUUCGACAUUGCAUCUGGUCACCGGAUAGCCAGUACAGAAGCAGUCCAUCUUGGGUCCCGGAUUGGUCUCGCAAACGAGGGGAAAUACUUCUACCAAACCGCACAACAUUCAUCAAGGAAGAAGUCCCCUGGUGGGCUGUGCCAGAACACAAAGUCGGCAAGAUUAUCUAUCCCAUAACACAUGAACAAGCCAUGAGAAUGGCUCAAGCGGCUCUCGAAGACAGCAAUGACGUGGCAGUUAGCGAGUCCCAAGCAAACCUGGUGAGCUCACUACCCGCGGAUGCCAGGAAGACGAUACAGGAUCUCAUCGACGGAGGUGAUCUCGUCUUGAUGCGUCUGCCUGGCUUCGAGAACACAGAGCCCAAAGACGUCUCGAGCAUUAAUGGCAGAUUGGAGAAAAUCCUCAAGUCGAACGAAAGAAUCACACAGCGAUCAUUCCUAAGAGAUUGGCUUGAUGAGCAGAAUGGGAAACGGCCAGCUUACAGCGCGGGACUACAAGCCGGGGUUAGCAAUACUCCAGACUUCACGCCGGACCUGAAAGGCAUGCUUCUGGAUGGCAUAAUUUGGGAUAAGAUCGAGUCAUUAAGUCAUCCUUUCCCUGAAGACUUGGAUUCUGACUGGGAAGCUUCGACUCAUUUCAUGGCUCAAGUCGCCGAGUGCAAAAGACUGGCAAUGAUUCGGCACGAAAAUCUCAACCCCUACGGAAGUGGCGACGCCAAAACCCGGGCCUUUUGGGACACACUCUUUGCUGGGCAAGCUAUCGGUCUAGACACAAAUCCUCAAGACUGGCUUCCUUGCCUACCACCAACAUGGACGAAAGCACGUCCACCACUCACUUCGAUCAAACAAGGACAGGCGGAAUUGACCGAAAUACUGGAGCUUAUGAAGACCGAGGAAGAAGAUCAUUUGAAGGAAACCAAAGACAACACAAACUGGGAGGCUUUGGAGUUCGAGGAAACAUUCAACCCUGACCAGUGGGAAGAGGAAGAACGACUGUCAAAGGCAGAACGCUUUCAAGAGCUCUCCAACCAAUGGGACUCCCAGCCUUAUGACCUCUAUCACCGCCCCUUCAAACUUCCAGCCGUGGUUCCGGACCCUUACUGGGAGUGCCGUAUCAGGGAUGACAAAAAGGCGCGGGUUGUGAGCGCCGCAUCUCGGUGCAAGAAGUGGAUUAAUGGCAUUAUAGGACCAAACCCAGAAGCCACGGAACGCAUGAGAGCAAGAGCUUUCAAGGCCUUUGGCGAGAAGCCGUCUGUGAUCCCUCAGGGUACGGCUGAUUUUCCUAUAGAGAGGUAUGUUCUGGGUCGUCGAUUCUUUGUGACGGAACAAGGGUAUCUGGGAAUCGGACCCAAGGAUGCUCAAGAAGGAGACUUCGUGGCCAUUUUGCUCACGGCCGAAGUCCCAUUCAUUCUUCGUGAGUGUGGAGAAGAUAAGUUCAAAGUCGUCGGGGAAACGUAUGUUUCUGGCAUCAUGAACGGAGAAGCCGUGGAUCAGUCGAUCAACGGCGAGCGAGAUGCCAAACGUAUCAAGCUAGUCUAA